AAUGACUACAGAUCCCAGCACACAGUAGGAGCCUCUUUGGCAAUACAGCUCUGACAUUUCGGUACAAGAACAGAGGUGACCCCAUCCGACUGGACCACAGUGGGAGAGCUCAAGUCCGAGACGACACCCUUCCAUCCUAAACGAAGAAAGGUUUAAAAUAUGGCCGAGCCCAUCCGUGUGCUGGUGACCGGCGCUGCCGGCCAGAUUGCCUACUCUCUGCUGUACAGCAUCGCCAAAGGAGAUGUCUUCGGCAAGGACCAGCCAGUCAUCUUGGUGCUUUUGGACAUCCCGCCCAUGCUGCCCGUCCUGGAUGGGGUUGUCAUGGAACUGCAGGACUGCGCUCUCCCACUGCUCAGAGAGGUGAUCCCCACUGAUAAAGUGGAGGUGGCCUUCAAGGACCUGGACGCUGCCAUCCUGGUGGGCUCCAUGCCCAGGAAGGAGGGGAUGGAGAGGAAGGACCUGCUGAAGGCCAACGUAGCCAUCUUUAAAACACAGGGAGCCGCACUGGACAAGUACGCCAAGAAGACUGUCAAGGUUCUGGUGGUGGGAAACCCGGCCAACACAAACUGUCUGAUCGCCUCCAAGUCUGCUCCGUCCAUCCCUAAAGAGAACUUCUCCUGCCUGACCCGGCUGGACCACAACAGAGCCCGCUCCCAGGUGGCGAUCCGUGUUGGCGUGUCCUCUGACAAGGUGAAGAACGUGAUCAUCUGGGGAAACCACUCAUCUACGCAGUACCCGGAUGUCCACCACUCCACGGUCGACCUGCACGGCAAGGAGGUGCCGGCCUUCGACGCUGUGAAGGACGACAACUGGCUGAAGGGAGACUUCAUCUCAACGGUGCAGCAGCGUGGGGCUGCUGUGAUCAAAGCCAGGAAGUUGUCCAGUGCCAUGUCCGCCGCCAAGGCCAUCUGUGACCACAUGCGGGACAUUUGGUUCGGGACCCCUGAUAAUGAGUUUGUGUCCAUGGGUGUCUACUCCACUGGGAAUUCCUACGGCGUUCCUGAUGACCUCAUGUACUCAUUCCCUGUCGCGAUCAAGAACAAGUCCUGGAAGGUGGUGGACGGUCUGCCGAUUAACGACUUCUCUCGUGGCAAAAUGGACGCCACGGCGGCGGAGCUGAUCGAGGAGAGAGACACGGCGCUGUCCUUCCUCGGAGUGUGACUAGACGUCGACACGGCAACGGGGCAGCACCAAGACCCUUCUAAACCCCCACACUCACAACUGUAAAACUCUGACCAACUCCAGCGCUGCCCGUAAGAGUGAGAGAGGGAGAGUGUCUCUAAACGUGUGUGGGUGUGUGUGUGUGUGUGUGCGCAUCAUUUCACAAGGAUCUGUAUUAUAGCAGCGAAUCCGCUGGGUCUCACAGGACAACACCUGGAGGAGAACCUCUUCAGGAACAGGAACGCACAUUGUUGUCCUGAGCAAUGUAACAAUACUUGUCUAUCAAUAAAAGAAAAGACUUAUAA